ACCAGCUAUAAAAAUGUCACUUAAAGUCUCAAUUGAGCAUCAGUAUCGAUUUAUCUGUCGCAUCGUGAAGACAAUCUAACACCUAUCAAACCAACAUGAAGUUCGCCAUCGUCGUAGUCGUGUUUUCUUUGGCCAUCACUGCUCAAGCCUCUGUUGUUCCAUUGAUUUUGGGAGCUCCAGCUCCAAUUUCAUAUACUGCCGUUCAUGGAUCAACAUUGACUAUUGCCGGACUACCAACAGUAGCUGUUCAUGCUGCUCCCGUAGUAGUUCCAGCUCCAGUUGUUGUUGCUGCUGAAGGAACUUAUGUCGCUAAGACUCGUGGUGCUGUGCAUGUUGCUCCAUUGCCAGGACAUUUAAAUUCAGCUGCUUCAGUGAAUUUGGAACCAGCACCAGGAACAAUAUAAAAACAGAAAAAAACUGAUAUAAUUCUCCUAAACUCCUUAUUUAGUUCACAUGCAUAGAAAAUCUUUUACAUACAAAAUCUCCAUUGAUAUUUUUGAUAGCAUAGCCUUGGAAUUCAGAGGUAUUCUUUUUUAGAAAAAGAAAACAACAGUAGAGUGUUUAGUCUUUUUUUUUAUUUUUUUUUUUAGUUCAAUUUUUUUCAAAUAAAUGUUAAAAACAU